CAGAAGGUUUUAUACUGUCCACUAGCAGGAACUAAGAAGAGAAGGGGAGGGAAGGAAAAACAUGACCUUAUAAGGUAGACAUCUGUUCUGUUAUCACCUGAAUGUCCCAUCAUCUACUGAAUGUUUUGUGUCUAUGUGUCAUGGAGUUACUGAGCUGUGCCUUAUGUAUACUGGAAAGUUAAAAAGCUCUGUGUGCAGUGUCUGUGAAGAAAAGAGGAAGUGGUACUCUUCAUGGUCUUAUAGACCGACACAGUUCUGUAUUUCUUUUCAUUUACAGGAAGUGUUGGCAAUGUGAAUAUUAGGGAGGACCCACAUUGUCUCAAAAGUGAUAAAACAGCAGAGUGAUUUCAAACCAUUUGCAGUUCACAUAACGGAUUGUACCUUUAUAAUGGAAAACGCUACACAUGAUCACCAAGCUCCGUCUAACAACCCUGAAUUCCUUGGUAAGGCCGGGUGGGUUAAAAAGGCUCCUUGCAGACUGCUGGCUAGCUAUAAAGACAGCUACAUCCAUGUUGACAAGACUGCUAUUGCUGUAUAUCAAAAUGAGGACCUCACAAACUGCAUUGAAAGUCUUGACCUACAAAACUAUGAUAAAUGUCAUGAAUUAAAAAGCCGAUUAAUGAGGAAACACAGACUGAUCCUUAUUCGAUCGCCGAAGACUGCAAAUGAGAUCCGUAAUAUUAAAUUCCAAGUACAGACUGAAGAGGAAAAAGAGGCUUGGAUUCAAGCCCUAAAUGAUGGGAUCAACCGAGCAAAGAACAAAGUGCUGGAUGAGGUUAAGAUGGAUGAAAACAGUAAUUUACAGCAUUUAACUCGAACAAGACCCAAAGGGAACCGUAACCGACGCCCACCAACCAGGAUUCAUAUGAAAGAGGUUGCAGAGUUGUCAUCUGAAGGCAUGCUGCGCUUGGAUCUUGACCUUUUAAAUGCUGCAGUGCCGAAUGGGACAUAUGAUGCCAAUAGUGAUGACACUGACAUGCCUCGAGAAUCUAACAAAUUUGUGCUUCAGUGUAAUUUCACUGAGGGUGCAGAGAAUCUACUUGCAGAAACCCAGACUGACUUAAAGGUCUUGAAGCUACCCAUUGAAAGUCCAUCAUCGCUUCCCAGUCACUCAAGCAGCCCCUCGAGUGAACUUGCAGGAAAUUAUCAACUGAAACAUCACACCCACCCUCCAAACCCACCACCCAAAGACAUGAAGCCUUCCUUCGUUCUUUCGGCACCAAACCAAAAGGCCGAACGUCCCCCAGACAGCAAUGAGGACAAGCAACAAGAAAAUAAAAAUGAUACAGCAAGACUACCUCAGAAAAAAUAUCAAACUCUUCUUCAUGUUGGUGAUGGUACAACUACAUGCAUAGAAGGAAUCAUUAUGGAAAAUGACAAGGCAAAAAUCAUUCCACAAAUGCCUGGUUCAAAGAUAAUGAUACCCACAGAAAGAAAGACAGUUUUUCCUCCACUAAGCCCCAACAAAAAACAUUCUCUUUCAUCUAAAUUUAACAUCCAACCUAUAGAAGUCACAACUAAAUCUCAAGAGGAAGAAGAUCACGCUUCUUGGCUUAAAAAAUUGGUUUGUUUUUCUUCCCUCUCCAAUGAUAGUUUGCUGAACGACCCCACCAAUUACAGCCAAAUGUUUUUGCCAACACCACAAGAAAAGAGAAUAAAUUCAGAUAAUGAAUGUGUAGGUUGGUUUCAACAUCUAAAUGCAAAGAGUGCAGUAACUGGACACGAAAACACAUUUAGAAUGUCUAAAACCGCAGUUAGUGAUUCAGAUACAGAUGUUCUGAACAUUAGUAGCGAUGGUAAUUUGAUGCAGGCAGCAGUCACUGCUACAACAAAAAAUCAAUCUAAGGGCUCAAUGUGUCGACAAUUUAAGUCUAUGCCUCUGUCAACCAAGAUUAGAUCUGUCUCCUUUGGAAAUCUGCUGUCUGACUCAUCACAUACUAUUUCUUCGCGGUGCCAUUCAGAGGCUUUCAUGAGAAAUGAGGUUGACUUGAUCACACUUGAAAAUGAGUUGACUCUGGAAAUGCAAGAGACAAGCGAGCUAAUGAGCAGUGUGUGCCAGUCCCAUAUGGAAGGAGAUGAAGCAUCCAUACCAGGGAAUCUGCUGAUGAAGGCAAUGGAAAAACUAAAUAAGGCAGAUCAUGUCCUCAAAGAGCUCAAGGAAUUGAAACAUACAAAGACUGAGAGAAAAAAUACCUGGUGAAUGUCAGUCAAACAAGUAACAGUUUUAAGCCCACAUUGCAAAUCCAUCACUUUAGCAUCCUUACUUCUACCGCUACUACACAAACUAUCUAAUCCAAUCAGGAGAUACAAAAUACUGACAUUGGAACACACAUCCAUCCAUCCAUUUUCUAUUUUCAUCGGGCAGUAGGCGGGGGACACCCUGAACCGGUUGCCAGCCAAUCGCAGGGCACACAGAGACGACAAUCAUCCACACUCGCACUCACACUUGGGGCUAUUUGGAGUGAUCAUUUGGCCUACCAAGCAUGUUUUUGGGAUGUGGAAGGAAACCGGAGUGCCCGAAGAAAACCCACGCGGCCACGGGGAGAACAUGCAAACUCCACACAGGGAGGGUUGGAGGUGGAAUCGAACCAGCACCUUCCUAAGUGUUAGGCAGACGUGCUAACCAUUGCGCUACCAAGCCGCCCCUUGGAACACACAGUACCACCAAAUUCAAAUCACACAACGCACCGAAAUGGAUGCAUCCCAAGAGCAUAAUCCAGAGAAGCAAGCUGAACAGUGCUGUAAAGAAUAUGCAGCCAAAUUAAGGUUACACCUUGAGCAAGACGCUGAACCCAAUUUGCUCCCAAUGGGCCUGGCAGAACCUUGCAUUGCAGCAGCCUCCCAUUGGUAUAUAAAUGUGUGUGUGGAUGAGUGAAUGUGAGGCAUUGUAAAAGUGCUUUGGGGACCAUACGGUGUCGAUAAAGCGCAAUAUAAGUGCAGUCCAUUUACCAUUCCACUAUAAUCGUAUUUUUGUUUGUUUGUGUGUGUUUCUUUACGCAACACAAUUUCUUGUAUUUUGAAAGUUAGUAUGUCAAAAAAGGAGCAUACUAAUUUUUCAAUUGUUUAUCAACGUGGAAGAGAUAACACUUUGCUACAAUGUGAAGUACUGUAGUCAGUGUACAGCUUGUAACUGUAAAUUUAAUAUCCUCUCAAAAUAAGCCACCAUUCAGUUUUUUAUGUCAAAACCACAGGCAAAAGAAGCUACUCCAAAUGUUUUCCUUUUUGCCCAAAAUAGGGGAACCAUUAAUUCUAUGUGUGAACGUAAUUACGUUAAUUACAGUUAAUUACUGGUGUCAUGGAAACUUGCCGAUUUUACAUGUACUGUUUGACUUACUCCAGUCAUGCUCCUUAUGUCUCAGUGAAUUGUAAUAAAGUAAAUCUUUGGAUCCUCAAUGUCUGGCCAAAAUCCGGCAUCAUUUGGUUAAAUGUAAACAUCAACACAAGUUACAGAAAUAAGAAGAUUCCAUGAAGUGUUUACACCUUA